GCUUCCUCCUCGUCUUCCUCUCCUCCUUCCCCCCCUCCUCCUCCUCAAACUUCAAGCCUGUCUGGUCGACCUAACCCCGGCAGAUGUUUGUAACGGAAUGCCCUCCUCCGUGAUGGCAUCGGUUCGAGCCGGGAGGAACAACCGAGGUUGACGGCGUGGUUCCUUCAGACGGGACGCCGAGACAAGAGGCCCCGGCCCGGCCCGGUCCGGUGGAGAUGUCUGCCGCGGAAAGUUUUCUUCUUCGAAUGGAAGAUGUUUUUCAAACAAAGCGCUUAUCUUUCGGACUUUAUUGGUGACAUUGGAGGUGUAGAGGUCAGGAGUGACACAAUGUCCAUGGGGGAGUUGAUUGAGCUGCGUGACCUGAGGUCUGGCGGGGAGCAGAUCCAGCUGACCGGAGCAUGCUCACCCUGCUCCCCACCGCGUUUGGAGCGAGCCAACGCCUUGAGGAUCAGCCCGGGAAAGGUGCCGGAUCUGCUGAGUCGGGUGGGCAUCAUCCGGGUCCUGAGCAGCUGCGAGCUGGACCAGCACCUGACGGAGGAGACCGGGGAGGGCCAUGACUUCCAACCCUGUAGCCACUCUCAGCCCACAUGGUGCGACCUGUGCGGGGACUUCAUCUGGGGCCUCUACAAGCAGAGCUUGCGCUGUGCCAAUUGCAAGUUCACGUGCCACUACCGCUGUCGUCCCCUGAUCCGCUUAGACUGCAGCUGGGAUCGAGGUUCUUCCACUGAUUACACUUUGGUUGUGGAGCACACAAUCGAAACAGACACCAAUGUGGAUGAACCAACUGAAUGUGGCAAGCAGGUAUUGACCACUGCUGAUACUCAGAAGCAGAUCAAGGAGUACAACACUCAGAUCAAUAGCAAUCUGUUCAUGAAUAUGAACAAGGAUGGUUCCUAUACUGGCUUCAUUAAAGUUCAGUUCAAGCUGGCGAGGCCUGUGUCCGUCAUGCAACCGAAGAAAGGCGGCGGCGGGCAGAACGCCAGUUCCAGGAAGGGCGGCGGUGUGAAGCGGCGCACCUCGUUCUACUUGCCCAAGGACGCGUCCAAGCACUUGCAUAUCAGCUCCCGCACGUCGGCGCGCGAGGUCAUCGAAGCCCUGCUGAAAAAGUUCACCGUUGUCGACAACCCCGGAAAGUUCGCUUUGUUUGAACGCAGCGAGCGCCACGACCAAGUGUACAUACGUAAACUGUCCGACAAUGAGCGCCCCCUAUCUCUGCGACUGUGCGCUGGGCCCAAUGAGAAAAUGCUCAGCUUUGUUCUGAAGGAGAACGAGACUGGAGAAGUCAAUUGGGAUGCCUUCUCCACGCCGGAAUUGAAGAACUUCCUGCUCAUCCUCCAACGCGAGGAAGAAGAGCAUGUUAAGCAGAUCGUGGAGCGCUACAAAGUGGCUCGAGCCAAGAUGCAGGAGGCCUUGCGCGGCUCCACCCCUGGCUGAACACACUCCUACGUGACAGGGAGACCUGAAGCGUAGCACUUCUUUGGCUAGACCGUGGCCUUGACAGCCAGUCGCCGAUGCUCGUGAAGCUCCCGUGAACGAAUGAAAACUAAAAAACACCUCUUUGGUGAACGAGAGUGUGAAAGGGGCGCGAGACGAUGAGAGCGUGCAAGAGAGAACGCUGACGCGAAUGUGCGUGUGAGAAGAUGCGAGAAGCAGUGCCUGACACCUGGAGAGUCUGAUGUGCCUGAGAGAGUGAGUUGAGACCACGGAGGACUGGCAGAUGUUCUUGUCUACUACCUAAUGAGCCAUUCAAUGUCAUUUUUUUGUAUCGAUAAGGAGGCGCCAAAAUUAGAAAACUAUUUUGCCAUCCAGCAUAUUAAAAUUAUUUUAGGUGUAUACAUGAUUUGUUUUCCUAAACAUGUAAUGUGAAAAUGCCAGAAUACAUAUCACUUAUGAUUGUUUUCAUAAACUUUAGGUAAAAA